UGCCCUAUUUAAUUCAGACGCUGUGACUUGCAUUGUAGAACAAGUGAUUUGGAUUGAGAGGAGUCAUUUGAACUGGAGUUUCUGUGAUGUGUUGCAGUGCUGCUAUCUCUGUGAUGCAUAUGGGGAAGAUGACUCUAUUCUGAUGAAAGGAUCUAUGGACUUGACUGAUAUAGAAGAAAAUGGAGGUGAUGACCAGACAAAGAGUAUUGAACCUUCAUGUGUAGAGGACGGCAGCCUCGUGGUAUGGGGAUGUGGGGAGUUUGGACAGAACGGACAUGGGAGGGUGGGGGAUGUGGCUGCUACAGAGGGACUGGUGGCAGAGUUUCCACCCAAGAAUGGAGCUAGAGUCAAGCUGCUGGCUUGUGGGGCUAGCCACUCUAUUGUUGUAACAGUUGACAAUGAAGUCUAUACUUGGGGAAAUGGACACAGUGGACAGCUUGGCUGUGGGGACAAGGAGACACAUCUCAGACCAACAAAGAUCCGUCUCACAGACAGUCAGGAGCUUCCAGAUGUUGCAGGGAUAAGUUGUGGCAGCAGGCAUUCUAUUGCCUGGUUAACCAAUGGCCACUGUUACAGUUUUGGCAACAAUUACUAUGCACAGCUGGCCUAUAACUUCAGAGUACAGAACUACAAGGAAAACCAGCUGAAGCCCACUCUCCUGGAGAUGUUUGUACACAGAAGAGUGGUGCAGGUUGCCUGUGGAGACAGACAUACCCUGUUCCUCACACAGGAGGGGCGGGUUGCUACGUGUGGAAACAAUGCUAACGGCCAGCUGGGGACAGGGGAGCCAAGCGACAUGGUCUGCCCAAAGAUGCUAGACGACCUUGAAGGUGUGAGUUGUAUAGCCUGUGGGUCAUACCACAGCUUGGCUGUCACGGGUGCUGGUGAAGUGUACGUGUGGGGAAGUGGGAAGCCUUGUGGAACCAGGAGAGGAGACAUUUUAUCUCCCACCAAGCUGAAAACCAGACAUGCUAAUGUCGUAAUGGUUGCUGCGGGAUGCUCACACAGUCUGGCUCUAACAGCAAAUGGGAACGUGUACUCGUGGGGCGUCGGCACAGAGGGCCAGCUGGGACAUGGUGAAGAAGUUAUGUUCCUGAGUGAGCCCACCCGGAUCAGGCAUGAUGUUCUGAGGGGCAGAGUUGUGCAGAUUUCAUGUGGAGAGAGUUACAGUGCUGCACUUACAGAGUUGGGUGAACUGUACAUGUGGGGGAAGAACAGUCACAUCAUCCUUCCUGACCAAGCAGCCACCCACCGGAUCUACAGUCCACACAGGGUUCACACAGGAGGUGUCUGUGUGCGCAGGAUCGUGUGCGGGGCUUGGCACGCCGCAGCUCUCACUGGGAGGCCAGAUUGGCAGAGAGACAGCAAAGCCAGUGACCUAAGUGACCUCUCUGACUCAGAAGACCUUGAGUCUGUUGCUGAAGGAGGGAGCACCUCCAUAGCCUGGUCAUGUGACCCAAUCAGCUCUCCUUCCCAGAACGUGACGUCAAAAGUAGCUAUGGAGAAGCACUUGGAGAGGGAGCGGACCAAGAUUAGCCUGGCAGAGUUUUAUGCAGCCACCCCGGAGCCAAGCCCCAAGGCCAAAAAGCCAGAUGAGGCCGUCCCAACAGAACAUCUUAGACAAAGUGAACCAAUGGAAGCCUUUGUGGAGGAAACCCAGGAAGACCUGACAUCAGAAGACAAUGAUGACAGGUUUGUCUAUGAUGAUGAUGACUAUGAGGCAGAUGAUGGAGAGGAGGAUGAACUCCACGACUUGUAUGAAGAUGAUUAUGAAGAUGAUGAUGAUGAGUCCAUGACUGCUGUCAGUCAUGAUGCCAAAUGUAAUUCUGAAGUAACAAUGUUUGAUGACAAGCGUAACGAAAUGGGCAAGAUGAGGGGAAAAGUUGUUGAUACCAGUAAAGAAUUAUGUAAAAAUGAAAUCAGUAUGUCAACAGAUAGUCUCCCCUUGUCCAAGGAGGAAGGAUAUGACAGUCCUAUGCAAGAGCCAUCAGAGAAAGAAAGAAGAAUUUCAACCAAAAGUCCGUCCAGAUCCACAAAGCCAACAGGUGCCAUCACACAGCCAUCAAUUUCUACAGGAGACAGGACUGUGCCACAAACUGCUCAGCCAUCCACUGACUUCCAAGACCCUCCAGUUCUGGAAGACUUAGAGAUGCACCCAGAGGAUGUAUCUAUGUCUGUGGAUGAAGGAAUUAGUAGUGGGACAGGUACAUCUACCACUUCCUUGGAGUCCUCACCUGUAGUGUUAGACAGAAAGGAUAAUGUCAAUUUAAGUCCUGGCACAGAACAUAGCAUUGGUAACCUUCACAAGGGAGCAAAAAUCCCAGUCAUGCCCUCAAAGCCUCCAAGCCAAUCAGAAGGCAGGCAGUACCUUCCAAGGUCCAGAACUUUUAUGUCGGGUUCAACAAAUCGUAGCACCAAAUAUGUACCGAGGCCACAAACCCAGGAACAUCACACAGACAAGCCUCACAAAGUCAUGGUGACAAACUUUGGGUUCGUCAAUCUGCCUGCAAGCCAUCAGAGGGCUGUGCACCCACCACCCAGGCCCAAGACUCAGGCCAGACCCAGGCAGGCUAGGACACGGGAGGAAGUGUCUAGACAGGGUGGGAGUCGACCCAUGGUUCCUGUCCCACCAAGUAAGAGGCCCUCCACAUCUUCAGACACACAGUCUGUUGCAUCAGUCGCAUCACUUUGGAGUUCCAGGGAGCUGCCGUCCAGUAAAUCUGUAACGUCUUCCAAGACUCAGAUUCCGUCCACAAGAAGACCAUCAUUCCUUAGAAAUGUUGCUUCGUCUACAAGUCCCCAGGGUCAGGAUGCUGCAAGUCACAGAGUAGAAAUUAAGAGAAGUCAUGCUGGUUUCUCAGAGAAGCAAACAUCCCAUCCAAAAAGGGACCCUGUUGAACGUAAGCCCUACCUCAGGUCCCAUCCUUUCCAGCCUGCCAGCGUGCAACAGAGGAAAGGCGGUGAGGGCAUGUGGUCUAGGCACAGGGAUAACCAGGAUGUAUCGUUCCCGGCAGGUGGAUUGCCUUUGUCCAAGGUUACAGGCUUGACCAGGUACCCUAUGGAGGGGUCUGGUUCAAGCCAGAGUUCUGAGGGUAUGAGUCCAAAUCCACUUGUCAGCGAUGUAAUGGGCCCCAGCUGGGAGCAGCCUGUGUUUUCCUCUGGUACUGCCUGGAGGGCUAAGUCCAGAGCCAAAGAUCCCAUUCUGUCUGGCUCAAAAACAGAUCCCAAACCACCACAACAGGGCAAACGAGGUGAAGUAGGGCCAAGCUAGGCAGGGCAGAGCUCAAGUAGUACAGGGCAAAGAGUCAGGCAGGUCAGAGCACACACUUGCAUGGGCAGUCAGGGCUGAUUAUGAUACAGGGCCUUGAGGCAAUACUGCUGUCUUCUCAGAAUAAGGGAUGUGUGUCAAUAGGAGGAAAACAAGUAGAACCAUCCAGUGGUGGUUGGAAAGGGACCAAAAAUUAAUCCAACACAGUUGCAAUACUGGUAUUUAGAAAGGAUUAUCUAGAGAUAGCACAGGGACACUUAAUACAAACAUAAGUUUUGUAUUAAAAGAAAAAUGUGCUGAAUGUGUAAUCAUGUGAUUUGAGAAAUGGGAGAUAGCCUAUUUUUAUACCACUGAUCUGAAAUGAUUAAAUUGCUAUAUUUGAAAAAGAUCAAUAUGAGUGUAGAAGAUUUAUCUUUUGAUAUAUCCAAACAUUACUCUUACUGUCACAUAUUUUUUGCUGCUGUGUGUUUAUUUUGUUUUCACAAUGUUUGUUGCGUGUGCAUUUUUUCUAUUUUCAUGUCAUGAAGACAAGCUAAAAUGAAUGUCUUUUUCAUACUGAUGAAAAUUUUCAUGAUAAGAAUUUCACUUUUGUUUGUGUAACCUUAACUGUAGUUCAUAUCUUUGCUUCAUCUUUGUUUGUACCAGUUGUGUAAAUGUGUGUUGUUUUUCUGAAUAAAUAUCUGAUUUCA